AUGGGAGGAAAAAGAACUCAAACUGAUUCAGGAAGCAGAUCAUCAAGCUCAUCCAUUUUACAAGAUGAUCAAGAAGGCUUAUCAUUUUCCUCAUCAAAAGCACAGCUACUUUUCAACAACACGCCAAUUGUCUCAUCCUACAACGACAAAAUUCGCCCUAUGCUUGAUGCCAUUGACAAGCUCCGCGCCCUCAUGGUUAUGGAGGAAGGCAUCCAGCUGCCCACCAUUGUUGUUGUGGGAGACCAGUCAUCUGGCAAAUCCAGCGUUCUUGAGUCCCUCGCCGGCAUCAGCCUGCCGCGUGGACAAGGUAUCUGCACAAGGGUUCCUCUCGUAAUGAGGCUUCAGCACCACUCUGAUCCUGAACCAGAGCUUUCACUGGAGUACAAUGGCAGAGUUCAGCAGACUGAUGAGGAAAACAUUUCACAAGACAUUGUGAAUGCUACUAAUCUGAUUGCAGGGGACAAAAAGGGAAUUUCAGACACCCCAUUGACCUUGUUGGUGAAGAAGAAUGGUGUGCCUGAUUUGACCAUGGUAGACCUCCCUGGAAUUACUAGAGUUCCAGUUCAUGGCCAGCCUGAGAAUAUCUAUGAUCAAAUCAAAGAUAUGAUCAUGAAGUAUAUAAAACCAGAUGAGAGCAUCAUUUUGAAUGUUUUAUCUGCUUCUACUGAUUUUAGCACAUGUGAGUCAAUUAGUAUGUCGCGGAAUGUCGAUAAAACUGGUGAGAGGACUCUGGCUGUGGUUACAAAGGUUGAUAUGGCACCAGAGGGACUGCUGGAGAAGGUUACAUCUGAUGAUGUGGAUAUUGGUCUUGGCUAUGUCUGUGUAAGGAACCGGAUUCGAGAAGAAACGUACGAGGAGGCGAGGGCUUUUGCGGAUCGAUUAUUUAAAACUCAUCCCCUUCUUUCAAAGAUUGAUAAGUCUAUGGUUGGAAUUCAGGUUUUGGCUGACAAGUUGGUCCAAAUUCAAGCUGCUAGCAUAGCUAGAAACUUGCCUGAUAUUGUAAAGAAGAUCAAUGACAAGCUGAAUUCUUACCUUUCAGAACUCAACAAAUUGCCGAAAACUCUGUCAACUGCUGUUGAGGCCCUGACUGCUUUUAUGCAGAUCAUUGGAGCAUCCAAAGAAUCACUUAAGAAGAUUCUUUUGAUGGGAGAAUUUGAUGACGUGUUCCAGGAUGACCAACAAAUGCAUUGCACGGCUAUGCUGGUUGAGAUGCUCAAUCAGUGCUCAUAUAAACUUCACACGUGCAAUGCGAGUGACUCCAAAAGUAAUUUCUUAGUAGAGGAGAUUGCGAUUUUGGAGGAGGCGAAAGGUAUCAACCUUCCCAAUUUUGUUCAGCGCAAUGCUUUUCUUAAAAUUUUUCGGGGAAAAGUGGAGGGGAUUUCAGUCAUACCUCUUGGGUUUGUUGAGCAGGUAUGGAAUUAUAUUGAGAAUGUGGUUUUGUCUGUGUUAAUGAGAAAUACAGAAAAAUAUUAUCAGCUUCAACUGUCUGCCAGAAGAGCAUGCCAAAAUCUUAUUCAAAGGAUGAAAGAAAGGUCCAUUCAUUGGAUGACGGAGAUUUUGGAAAUGGAGAAGCUGACUGAUUAUACAUGUAAUCCAGAAUAUGUAUCCGAAUGGCAUAGGCUCAUGACUGAACAAGAAACAUUCAUCACAAAGGUAUUUCGUAAUUCUCAUGAUCUGGGACUUGGACCUCACACUGAGAUGAAAAUAAAUGUAGAGGGAAUUGGGAUGGUUGAAGUUGGAGGUCUAAUGAAGUACCCACAUUCUCUAUUGUCUGAAGCUUUCGACUUGAAAAUGCGGAUGACUGCAUAUUGGAAUGUUGUGCUGAAAAGGUUGAUUGAUUCUAUGGCUUUGCAUUUGCAGCUGAGUGUUUCGAACCUUGUCGACAAGCACAUGGAGACGGAGAUUGUGAGUGAGUUAAUGGGACCUAACAAUGGUGUUGGGAUUGAGAGGAUGAUGGAGGAACCUCCAUCAAUUGCAGUGAAGCGCAAUAAGCUCAUCAAGAGCAUCAAAAAGCUCAAGGAGUCUAAAGAGGUUGUGUGUAAGAUCAUGGAUGGAAUCGUUACUUUUGCCAAUUAA